GGCCAUCGUACAAUACGGACCGGCUGACUGAAGUUAUCAGUGCCAUUCAUUCAGUGGCCGAGGCUAGACAUGCGCGUUCUAAUUUUGUUUUUUUUAUUUGUGUUCGGCGCGCGUUCACUUCGGACCGAUAACAAGUAUUGGCGGGACCUCGCGCACGCCGAGCUUGAAGAGGCGCUGAACGUGAAGAGAAACGAGAACAGAGCCAAGAAUGUAAUAUUAUUCAUAGGGGACGGCAUGGGGCCGAACACCAUCACCGCCACCAGGAUAUACAAGGGUGGGGAGGGGUACAGAAUGGCUUUUGAGGAGUUCCCACAUGUUGGUCUGCUGAUGACAUACUCCGCCAACAAGAUGGUCCCAGACUCCGCGUCAACGGCCACCGCCAUGUUCACCGGCACGAAGGUCAACCAGCGCACCAUCGGCGUCGAUGCCACGGUCGCAGCUGAUGACUGCCCCAAAUCCUUGGAUCCUGAGGCGCAGCUGAAGUCUCUAGCUGCUGUGGCUUUAGAAGCGGGGAAGAGUGCAGGUUUCGUGACAACGAUGCGAGUAACCCACGCGACCCCGGCCCCACUUUACGCUCACACUUCUAAUCGUCACUGGGAAUGCGAAUCGGUCAUCCCUCAGGAGUCGCGGGCCUGCAAGGACAUCGCCAGGCAGCUGGUGGAGGACUGGCCGGGGAGGGACCUACAUGUAAUAAUGGGUGGAGGCCGUCAAAUGCUGGUCUCCAACUCCUCAGCCCUCGACGGUGACCCCAUCAACUUGUGGGGCUGUUACAGUACAGACGGACGCGACCUCAUCCGGGACUGGAAGAUGGAUAAGGAACAGCGAGAGCUGAAGUACAGCGUGGUGCAGAACAAUAGCCAGCUGAGCGGGGUUAACUUCGAUGAUACUGAUUAUUUGAUGGGAAUCUUUGCCAACGGGCACAUGGCGUAUGAAUUCGAGCGGAACCAUGGCCCUGAAGGCAUGCCGUCGAUCAGUGAGAUGGUGGAGGCAGCCAUCAAGGUGCUGCGGAGGAACCCUAAUGGGUACUUCCUUAUGGUAGAAGGCGGUAACAUAGACAUGGCGCACCAUCGCGGGCGCGCAAAGACCGCCAUCGACGAAGCCGCGGCCAUGGAAGAUGCCGUCCGAGUCGCCGCCUCUAUGACAGAUGAAGCUGAUACGCUCCUCGUGGUUACUGCGGACCAUACACAUACGCUGUCUAUCAACGGAUAUCCGCUUAGAGGGUCCAAUAUCUUUGGCCACUCCGAAGUAUCCCCCUACGACCACAAGCCCUACACGACGCUCUCAUACGGCACGGGCGGGCCGGGCGCCUUGCAUUACCAAGUGGAAGACCAACACGUAGUCCGGAAGGAUCCGGGCAACAGUGACGACUUCAUGUAUGAGCAGAUAGCUGGCAUCAUUCUGGAUGAGAACAGCCAUGGGGGUGGCGAUACCACGAUAUACGCUAGAGGUCCGAAAGCGCACCUGUUCCACAGCGUGCACGAGCAGCACUACGUGUUCCACGCGCUGUGCCGCGCCGCGCAGAUCGGGGAUCACGCGACAGACGCGGCUACUGACGCCGCGCUUGCGCUCAGUGUGUUAUUGGUCGCAGGCGUAGUACAUUUAAUAUGUUAGCUAAAAUUUAAUAUAGAAAAAAAAAACAACUGGUUGCACUCCGGGAGUGCCGGCAGAAGUGAAAACUCAACUACAUUGUAAAUCAAAUUAUUAAUAACAGCGCCAUCUAGUGCAAAAUGUCUGCAGCACUAUGUAUAAUUGAGGUUAUCGCCAUCUAGCGGUAUUUCGUCGCAUUACUUGAAACCCCUAAGCACAUCACUGUGAGUACUACAGUUAUAUUAAUACCAGUUUGAAGGAAACUCACUAGAUGGCAUUUAAAUCAAAAAUAGAAGAACACAAUGUCAUUGUCCGUCACACAUGACGUCACGCAAGCGCCCUGCGCCGCCUAAACAAAACAGGCAUACAUUUUCGCCGCUCGGUAGAAAGAGAAGGUUACGCCUUACGCUGUCUCGAGUUUAACAUUUUUCCCCACCUCAAAAAGUGCACAGUGCCGCUAAAGUGUUCACAUCAAAAAUCUUCAGCAAAAGGUUAAGUUUUUCGAUUGUCAAUGAGCACAAGGGGUUGUAAAAAUACUAUUAUAGGAAAUAACUUUUUACUUUUUUUGACUAAGAUUUUCAAUUAUGAUUAGAUAGAUGAAAUAUAUUGUUACUAAAGUAUUAUACAAUAAGAAACUUAAUAUAUUUAUUUUUGUAGAAUUCAA